CAUUGUUCGAGUCCGUCAUCGACUCCAGCAUCCCCUUAAAAAAAAUGAGAAAGUUAGCAUCGUAUAACAGCGUAUAAUGUUGCCAAAGCGGUAUGUUAACAAGGAAAGACCUCUAUCUAUCUACCCGUCUGUGCGCCAUGAAAUUCUAAUAAAGGUCAGUUGUAUGUACGUGUAGCUACAUUUAAACGAGUGUCGGCAUAUCGAUUGACGAAGUCACUGAAGUUGUGAAUCGUUCAGUCUUCGCGUGAGACCGAAGGUGUAUGUACGCGCAUUCUUUCUCUGCGAGACACAGGUCGUGCCACUUGUCAACGCCUGUUAACAAGUGACGAACAGGUAGUGUACUCAUAAAUGAAGUAGAGCUACGUUUAAUUAUAGAUCACGAUAUAUUAGCCGAUCAAACGGUUCUCAAGAAGCCAGGAACAUGUCCGUACAAUUGUAUUACUUCCCUCUGAGCUCACCUUGCCGAGCUGUGCUGCUCACCGUGGAAGCGAUCGGGCUCGAGAUGGAGCUAAUAGAAGUGAACUUAAUGGCUGGUGAACACUUGACGCCGGAAUACGAGGAGUUAAAUCCGCAGAAGACAGUUCCCUUCAUGGUGGACGACGAUCUCAAACUGUCGGAGAGUCGAGCUAUUAUGGCUUAUUUGGUCGACCAGUACGGCGAGAAUGACAGCCUGUAUCCGCAAAAUACGGAGGCGCGUGCUUUGGUUAAUCAGCGAUUGUACUUUGAUCUCGGCACGCUCAGCACCAGUAUAACCGGCUAUUACAUGCCUGUGUUUAAAAAACUCACCGAUACGUACGAUCCAACGGUUUUUGAAAGGAUGACGGACGCCUUUCGAAUCCUGGAUACUAUCCUCGAAGGGCACGAUUACGCGGCUGGGCCUAACUUGACGAUUGCUGAUCUCGCUCUGGUCGCGUCUGUGACUACAGCAGAGGCUUUCGGCUUCGAAAUGGAAGAAUAUAACAACGUUACUGAUUGGUUGGAAAGAAUAAAAACUACUGUACCUGGAUAUCAGAAGGCUAAUGGCGAUACAAUCGAAAUGUAUAAGCAAAUUGUAGAAGAGUCACGAGCCAACGAAGAAGAAGGAAAAGAAGAAGAGGAAGAAGAAAAGGAAGAAGAAGAGGAAGGGGAAAAGGGAGAAGAAGAAGAAGAGAAGGAAGAAGAAGAGGAAGGGGAAAAAGAGGAAGAAGAAGAGAAGGAAGAAGAAGAGGAAGGGGAAAAGGAAGAAGAGGAAGCAGAAAAGGAAGAAGAGGAAUGAAACAAUUUAAUAUUAUAUAAAAAAGUUUUGUUUUUCCAUUUUCUUCAAAUAUUCGAGUGUUUUAUGUAAAUAAGAGUGAUCGUAUUGCUUUUUCACAUACGAUGUUAGCAAUCCAAUUAGCAAUCAUAAUAUACAAAAUUUUAA